CAUCGGCACAUUGCCGAUAUCGACGUCUCUCAUCAAGGUCGCCAUCCUGCUUCAAUAUCUACAGACCUUUGAGCGCGGAUCAAAACCACGGAUCUUUACCAUCGUCAUGAUCUGCAUCGUAGCAAUGUGGGGGCCACCUUCAUCUUCCUCGCCUGGGUACCCUGCAUCCCCGUAGUAGCCUACUGGGACUGAUCAAUAGCCGCCUGCGGACGCUGGGGUUUCGGAACGCAGGUUGCGGAGGAGCUGAUACGGACGUAUGAGGCUCAUGCCACGAGCAACAUGAUUCUCGAGUUCAUCAUCUUUGCCAUUCCUUUACCGCUGUACCUCAACGCCGAGGCGAACAAGAGGUCCCGUAAGAGAGUUCGCGUUCUUGGUCUCUUUUUGUUGGGCAGCCUCGUCCUGAUGCUCUCCGCCUGGCGUCUCAUAGCUCUAGUCUGCUCCCGCGCCGGAACCUACCCGACCUUCGACCUAACGUGGGCCGCCCCGGGCCCCAUGGCCCUCUCCUCGAGAUCGACAUGGCCGCCAUCAGCGCAUCCCUCUCCGUCUUCUGGCCCGUGCUACAAAACAGCAUGGGCAUGAUCAUCGUCACGCACGAAGUCAAAGUCACGACGGAAACGGUCGAGACGACGCGGAGCCGCGAAGACGACGAGUGCCUCGAGCUAGCCAACGGCGGCGCGGAAAGCAACACCUCCUUUUCCAUCGCGCAGCAGAUGUCAGCACAAGACUUCAACAGAAACAACGUAAUUUACAUGUGUCGCAAUGCCUUCACGGCAUCGCGCAGCCUUCGAUGGAUCCAACCAGUGCCAGA